AUAAAUAAAAACGAAAAAAAAAAAAAAUAAAAGCAACAAUUUGGAACAACAAAGGGUGAAAAUAUUUCCCCGCAAAAUCCGUUUUGUCGUCGUGAAAAUCGUUCCGAUCGAACCAGAAAUGACCGCGUAACGGAAGCGCUCGUCGGGCAGUGAAGGAUUGCAGUGAAAUCUGGAGGAAAUUGGAGUGCUGGGGUUUGCUGUCGAUUGAAUGGGAUUGCAGUUUUUCUCGAGAGUAUCGAUUUUUCCUUCGCAGAGGAAGUGUUCGUGUGUGUGGGAAUCGCCUAGCGCCUGGCGAUUAUCAUUUGGGAAAUCCGCGGAAGCAGCUGGUGGCCAAAACAGUUUCCCCCAGCUUAGUGGUGUAGUGAACGUCGUUUAUAAGAAUUGAAGUGCAAUGGCUGUUGAAAUGAUUGCAAUAUUAGUUCAAGGAUAAAUACGAGCAACAAGAAGUGUUUGGAAGUGGUGACCACAACGACGGAGGAAGGAAAACUUUCAACUGCUUGAAGCGUAGCACCUACAGAGCUGUUGUAAGCGGACUCCGCCUGGAAGGACCCAAAGUCGGCCGCCGGUGUGCUGCGGCGUUGGAACUGCGGUCCUGCUGCGUCUCUAAACAUAGUACGGCCGGUAUUCAUUCGGUUGCACCUCCCAACCCAACAGCGAGCCGCGAUGCGAUAGGAUAGUGGUGGUUGAAUGUGCGUCACCAGCUGCUAGCAGCAUCUAUCUCUGUAGGGUGUUGUUGUUGCUGGCCGGUUAGCUGUUCGCUGUGGUAGCAGAGAGAGCGAAACUGAUAGUUGGAUUUGCAUUCUGGAUCGAACCUGUGGGAGGCGAAACAGGUCCGCUCGAGUAGCUCACAUUCGUCAUUCUUGGUUCGUCAGGGCAACAGCUGCAAUUGAGAGUUGAGCUGCUGCCUGGUCUAUAGUUUGCAAGUGAAGUGACUGACUACUAUACGUGAGAGGGUGAUAACGGCCAAUCAAAUUGGACGGAGCACGCGAUACGACGAACCGGCCGUCCGCGAAGUGUGUUUGUUUUGAUUUCGUGUGUUCUACCAUUCAGAACUUCAGAAGCGGGGUUUCAUGAAGCCGUUGUUGAAGACUGUGCGCGGUGGUGAUUCGUGAUGGUCGUUGCUGCAAAAAGUUAAAGUCGUCUGUGAACAACGAGGUGGUUGGAGUUAGAGAAACAUAGUCUUGAACUGCGAUAAAGUUCUUAUGUGACCUAGUGCAGUUUUAUUUCCGUUUAUCAGACGAUCGAUAGGCGGCGCCGGCAAAAAGAAGAAAGUGAUUUCUGCCCGCGAUUGGCACAAUAAUGGGAGGAUCAGUGAGUCAAGUGUUUCGAUCGGGAAGCGCACUGCUGUCCAAUCGCGAUGGCCACAAAGUGUCGGAGACAACGGUCGACAAGGUGAACACCAUUUUCGAUGCACUCAGGGCAAAUCCGAAGAUUUCUAUUCAGCGGUUGGAGCCGCUGUUGCUGCAAAUUCCGAAGUACGAAAACAUCCUAGCAAUACACGAUGAGACGGGCUACAACUUGCUUCAAAAGAGCGUAGGAUUAAAUCACAUAGAACUAGCGCGAUGGCUGCUCCAGAGGCACCGUCCCGAUGUAAAUAGGAGCUCGUGCUCGUUGCCUCUUCACAUUGCAUGCCUAAAAGGAUAUGAGGAAUGCGUUGAACUUCUGCUGAAACAUGGGGCAAGAAUUGAUACCGAAGCUAGAAUGUGCUUCCCCGGCGCACACUCUCACAAUUGUGAAGAAAGUGGAAAAUACAAAAAUCAAGGGGAUGACGUGGGCGUCUGCGAGCGGCCUAACACGAAGCUUCAGAAUGCGGUUUGCUACGCCAUCGACGGGGACCAGAUCAACGUGCUCAACAUCCUCGCCCAGAAGAUGGAGGAACCGUGGAUGCCGUUCCGGGUGCGGAAACCGUUGCUGCACAUCGCGUGCGAACGGGGUGCCUGGAAGUGCGUCCAACAUCUGGUACAAACCCGCUCGGACGAGAUCAACCUCAUCAAGGACGAGUACUACCCGAUCCAUCAGGCUGUGCUGCAUGACGGACGGUUUCUGGAGUUGCUGAUCCAGCAUGGUGCCAUUACGACGGUGCGCACGUGCACCCAGCAGAUGACGCUGCUGCAUGUCGUCAUCUUAGCGGCGAGGAAAUCCGCAGAAGAUACCCUCAACACUAUCCGAAUACUGUUGGAACGUGGCUGUAAAGAGCUCAUCAACAGUCCCGAUUCGUUGGGUAAUACUCCACUGCACGCCAUCAUCGUUCGCUACGCACUAGAGGAGGCUAGGUACGGCUACGACAAAUGGAACAAGUGGGAUGUGCUACAUUUGGUGCGUUUUCUGCUGCAGAACGGUGCCAAGAGCUCAAUCAACCAGGCCGGUAACAGUGCACUGGCCUGCGUCUUUCGCCAUAUUAGAGACUGGGAAGUGUGCUAUGAACUGUUGAAUAUGCUGAUCAAGGAAGGAGGAGAUCCAAACAUCGUAGGACGAGAUGGAUCUGUUCCGAUUAUGGUAUGCCUGGUGCCGCUGAUUAAUAAGGAUCCGCUGCACCAUUUUACGCAUUCGAUGAAGGUGUGCUACCUGAACUGCAUUCGGAUACUGCUGCAGAAUGGUGCAAACCCAAACUGUUCGUACCGCUCGAAUCUAACGCCGCUGCACGUGCUGAUUUUUACCGUGUCGGAAAACUUUACCCUCAACUGUGAUACGCAGAAGCGCGCCAAUUUCGACUUCAUAAAGAAUAUUCUGAUCCUGCUGCUGCAGUACGGGCUGGAUUGCAACAUUACGACCCAGCACAUUCUGCAGUCGGUGAUCGACAUGAUCGCAAAUGUACGUACCUGUCCGGAUAUUCUGUGCGUGUACGAGCUACUGCUGGUGCUGAUUCAGUACGGAACUGACCCCAACAUCACACUGAGCAAUAAGCUGAUAAUGAGCGGUAGCAGUAGUUCGUCGAUGAAUUAUGUCAAUGAUUUCAUUAAUUUCGGUGGCAUGAGAGCCGUUGGAGGUGGUGAUGGAGCCGGCCCCAGCGGGAGUGGAGCAGCAGGACCAGUCGCACCUAACGGAACCGGAACGGCCAGCAAUGGCAACGGAAGUGACAAUCUACGUAGCUCUUUUCGAAAUAACGCACGUAACUAUUUACUGUUCUAUUACAUUAUGCUCAUUACUCGGAAGGAGUUUAUUCUGCUCGAUCGCGAGCAAACCUAUCAACGUAUUAUCUAUCUAUUUUAUUACUCGAUGAAGCACGAUACGCUAUUCAACUGCCUCAAAUCGCUGCACAAUCUGUUUAUAGCGCAGGUCCCGAACAAAUCUAUCGAUAAUCUGAGGCACCUGAUAAUCACACUCUACAAGAAACCUCGUAGUCUAAAACAACUCUGUCGGGUAUGUAUAUUCAAUAGUUUAGACAAGAAGCUGGCGCCGAGCAUAAAUAGGCUCAAUUUGCCACUUCCCCUAAAAGAAUACGUACUGAACUUCGAAGGGUAGAUCCUUAAACUGUUGUACACACACCCCCUAAUCUCUCUCUAUGAAUAUAAAUGUCCACGUUUUUCAGUGUUAGAUAUUGUGUAUAUAAGAAAUAAAUCCGAUCUACAAAUACAAAACAACUAAAUGAAUUAAAACAAUCACUACCAGACGGUAAAACAGGAUAACACAGCAAAACCAGUCACAUCAAGACAUCUCGAUAAAAAAAGCAAAGGUUAACUGAUUACAGGUGAAACAGUGUUGGGCGAACUAUUUUGCCCGCAGUGCCCUUACGCUCCUUUUCCUCUCACAAACAUUUUUUUUCUUUCCACGGAAAUAGACUAAUCUAUGAACACAAGAAAAAAAAAUCCUAUCCGCUUUAUCUCAAAUACAGUCAAACAAAACUCAGUGUGGUCAUGCAAAACUUUAUCGUGUUUAAUGAUCUAUUAUUGAAAUAAAACAAACAAAUCAUA